AUGUAUCUCCUUGGCAUCACCACGUGCUUGCUUGUUUCUCUUAGUUCAGCCUUACCCGCUUCAGAGAAACGCCAAACAGCACCUAGCGUCCAGCUAUCAAAUGCUCAAAUCAUCGGGUCUAGUAAUCUUACGGCGGGAGUCGACACCUUCAAAGGUAUUCCUUAUGCACAACCACCCGUCGGACCACUACGCUUGAAGCCACCUACGCCCAUCACAACUCAGCUUGGCACUAUCCAAGCCACCAGCGUCCCCACCGCCUGCCCUCAAGCUCGUUCCGCAUCUCCAAUGGGAGAGGAUUGUCUAACCAUCAACGUUCAACGCCCCUCAAAUGCUACUAAGGACUCCAAACUUCCCGUUCUUUUCUGGAUAUACGGCGGUGCCUUUGGAGCUGGCUCUACCCAAACUUUCGACGGAACUCAGCUCAUCCAAACUUCCAUCUCCCGCAAUCAGCCCUUCAUCUACGUAGCCGUCAACUACCGUAUCGGUGGUUUUGGCUUCCUCGGCGGUUCCGAGAUUUACAAAGAUGGUUCUGCAAAUCUAGGACUCUUGGACCAAAGACUCGGUCUUGAAUGGGUCGCCGACAACAUUGCAGCGUUUGGAGGUGACCCUGACAAAGUCACGAUUUGGGGCGAAUCUGCCGGAUCUAUUUCUGUGUUUGAUCAGAUGGCAUUGUAUGGUGGAAAAUACCAUUACAAGAACAAACCACUUUUCCGCGGUGGUAUCAUGGAUUCUGGCACCCUGACGCCCGCCGAACCCAUUGAUGGUCCACGUGCACAAAAAUCAUACGGCCUAGUUGUCGCCGCGGCGGGCUGUGCAAAUUCCACCGACACCCUAAAUUGUCUCCGCGGCCUCCCCUACGAAACAUAUCUAGCCGCUACAGUCUCCCUCUUUUCACUGCCAGCAUACUCCGUCACCUCACUCCCCUAUCUCCCACGCCCCGACUACGAGGGAGGAGUCUUCCCAGCUUCCGCCGAGGUCCUCGCAUUGCGCGGACAAUUCGCCCCCGUACCCAUCAUAGUUGGCGACCAAGAAGACGAAGGAACAUUAUUCUCCCGAGCCGCAUCGGCCAAUAACACUGCUCAACUAGAGACCCUUCUCCACACCGUCGUUUACUCCUCGGCUAACGCCUCCCAAAUAUCCACCCUCGUCUCUGCUUACCCCGAUGAUCCUUCCUUUGGUUCACCUUUCGGUACUGGUUCUGCCAACAACAUAUUCCCAGAAUACAAGCGUUUGGCAGCCAUCACGGGUGAUAUCUCAUUCACGCUUAUCCGACGUCUAUUUUUGGAGCACGCAGAAAGUAUACAACCACAUGUACCAAAGUACUCAUAUCUUGCUACUUAUGGGUAUGGAACUCCAACAAUGGGCACAGCUCAUGGAUCGGAUGUGCCGAUAGUUUACGGACAGACUUUGGGCUUCCCUCAACAGACUAUCCAGAGUUACUAUCUUAAUUUCGUGGAGAAUGGAGAUCCGAAUGUUGGGCCUGGAAGUGGAAAUGGAACAAUUCACUGGCCGCUCUGGAAUAAGGGAAAGCAACUUAUGAAUUUCGGGGCGGAGAAUAAUACACUAAUAGUGGAGAAUUUCAGGGAGGAACAAUAUCAGGUCAUUAAAUCGUUGAUCGGGAGUUUGCAUAUUUGA